CCAGCAAUACUUCAUUCGCACCACAUCCACAUGCUUUAGGAUAUGAUGAGGCCCAGCCCCUACCCUCACGAGUUUGGGGUCCGUUUGAGGUCUGUUUGAAUCUCAAUAUCGCUUCCGCACUACAUGGAAAGUAUGACCCUGAAAGCACAACCAAGCCCGGAGAGAAGGCCAAGGGCACCGUCGAGUGCUAUGCGGAACAUAUCCAUCGCACUCAUGCGUCCGGCUCAGAACUACGUUUCCACGACCUCCAUGGCGAAGGCAAGAAGGUGCAGAUCAUGGCAGUCAGGCAAGACGCCAAGGACCCGGAGAGCUUCAUCGUGUAACACGAGCACCUGCACCGUGGUGACAUCAUCGGUGCCGUUGUAAUGGAGCCCCGGGGCGCACCAAGAGGGGCGCGCGGACUCUCGUUCGCCUUUUCAGAAAUAAUUCUCCUUGCUUCCGGCGACCUCCACCGGCUGCCGUCAGACCACUUCAGUCUCAAAGGACUAGAAACCCUACUACCGCAAGCACUACUUGGACCUCGCCCUCAGCAAAGGCACAAAAAGCGUCUUCAUCGCCCGCAGCCGGAUCGUCAACCAAUCCCCCGGUUCUUCGAUAACCUCGGCUUCCUCGAGAUCGAGAUGCCGAUGACAAGCAUGAUUCCUGGUGGUGCGACUGCGACGUGUUCGCGCACCACAACGACUCCAACCUCAGCCUGGGCCUCCGUACCGCCCCCGAGCCGUACCUGAAGCAGCGCGUCGCUGACAGUCUGGACCAGGCGUACGAGAUCGGGCAUGUCUUCCACAACGAGAACAUCGAUCUAACGCACAACUCCGAGUUCUGCGCGGCGCAUGCGGACAUGUGCGGCAUCAUUGAUAUCGUCCAACGCCGGGGGCCUAACUGAGAGCCUUGUGAAGCACCUGAUGGGCGCGAAGACGACAGCGGUGUUCCACCCCGACGGCAGGAACAGCAAGAAUGAGUAUGGGUUGGACUCCAAGCGGCCGUGGCUGCAAUACGACAUGUUCAUGACGCUAGAAGCUCGGGGUGAAGGUCCCGAGAGGCGAGAUGCUGCACAUGGAGGAGGCGCACCGGUUCGUGCGCGAGCUAUGCCACAAGUAGAAUAUCGAGCGCAGCGAGCCUCGUACGAACGCGCGCCUGCCGGGCAAGCUCGUUGGCGAAUUCAUCGAGUCUCUUGCGUCUCCGCCCGCCUUCACUGUCUCCCGCAGGCAAUGUCGCCGCUUACCAGGUACCACUGGUCGCGGCCCGGUCUUUACGAGCGCCCUCCCGGGCUUCGUGUGCGGAAAGGAUGGUCCGUUCGAGCGCGGUUCAAGGAGCAGGUUCGGCAGAAGGAGCAGGAUGACGACGAGGCGCAGGGUUUCGACGAGACGUUCGUUGGUGUGUACGUGUCGCCCUUUGUAGCGUCUGCAUUCUAUCUAAUCAUUCCGCCAUGUCAGGCUGGAGCGUGGUAUCUUACCGACGCGCGGAUGGGGUAUUAUCUGGCGAUGUUGUUGAGUCUCGACCGAUUCUGCCAGUACGUGUGCCUCUGCGCCACUCU